CGGCCCUCCAACUUUCAUUCCGACCACCAUCCACCCCCUUCAAAAUGCCGGCCGCACUCAUUACCGGGGCGUCUGGAUUCUUGGGCCGUCAAGUGCUCAAAAUCUUUUCGGAUGCUGGCUGGGAUGCAACGGGAACAGGCUUCAACCGCGCAUCAGAGACAGUCCGCAAGGUGGACAUCCGAGAUGCCGAUGCCGUCACCAAGCUGUUCGACGAGGUCAAGUAGGGUGGCUUGUAUACCGCGGUCAAGCUUCAGCGAACUAACACAAGGCUCAGACCUCAAGUCAUCGUCCACUGCGCCGCGGACAGACAGCCGGACUCGUGCACGCGAAACCCCGAGGCAGCACACAAACUGAACGUUACAGCAACCGAGCUCCUCGCCUCCUGCGCAGCGAAACGGGAUGCCUUCUUCAUCUACAUUUCCACAGACUACGUCUUCCCGGGCAUACAAGGUCAAGCUCCCUACAAGUCGACCGACUCUCCCAAGCCCACAAACAUCUACGGACAGACCAAACUCGAUGGCGAGACGGCGGUGCUCAAAGUCUCUAAUACAGUGGUGUUGAGGGUUCCCGUGCUCUACGGCCCAACCUCCCCCAAGAACAACAAUAAAGAGUCGGCGGUAAACAUCCUGAUGGAUAGCCUGUGGAAAUCGCAGAACGAAAAGGUGAAAAUGGACGACUGGGCGAUUCGCUACCCUACAAACGUGGAAGAUGUCGCAAGAGUGUGUCUUGACAUUGCCAGACUCUACACCGCCUCACCACACCCGGAGAAGCUCCCACGGAUUCUGCAGUUUUCGAGCGAAGACCGCAUGACCAAGUACGCAAUCACCCAAAAAUUCGCAGAAAUCAUGGGCCUCCCCUUCGAUGGGAUCGUGCCCGACAAAGAUGGAGGUAAACCGGGGCCCGAUGGGACGCUGAGGCCGUACGAUUGUCACCUUGACACGAGCGAACUGCAGAAGCUGGGGAUUGACAUUUCGACGGUGGAUUUCGUGGCGUGGUGGAGAAGGUGGGUUGGUGCCUAUCGGCAUUAAAAUGGUAUGUUAGGAAAAGGCAACAAAACGAUACACGAAUGCAGAUACUCCUCUCGGUACAGCCUUGUUGGUAUGUAAGAAGCGCCAACACCGACCAGAGGCGCAGGCAGUGGCGGUACGAGAGAGAAAAAUGAUAUGAAUGGGUUAUGGUUCGAUCGAUCUCUUCGGCGGGAAUCUCUGCGGCCAAGCAGCUUUUGACCGACUGCUUUGACCGAUCCCUCAGGUGUCUCCAGACCUCGCAAUACUGCAGUGCAAUUUACGAUCGCUCCCUGGUUUCACAGAUCAAAGUCCUGUUUCUUGUUCCGUGGCAUUUGUUUCGCCGCCACUUUGAAGCCACUCACAAAACUUCGCAAGAUUCCGGGCGUCUGUUUUCAAUACUCACAUACGGACGGCAGACGGCGGAAAUAUUGGCUCAUCACGG